AUGUCGAUCGUUCCUAUGGAGUGGCUGCGGGAGGGAGUUCAAGUCUUCUCGGGUCGCUACUGUCGUCGGGGUGGAAAUAUCGUCCGAGAGUUGGAAGUGAAAAUGGUGCCGACCAGUUCGGGUAAAGUGAGUGUGCAUGCGUGCAAAAUUGCGGCUGGGGACGAGAAGGAAGCACUCAGUGGGGCAGAGGUCGAUGCUGUUGAUAUGAGUAAUUUGAACUCACUGCGAGAGGAGGUCGUUGAUAUGCUCACCAAGCUGGAGCCACGGACGCUGACCUCGGUGGGGACUAGGAGGGAUGAGGCAGGUCAGGAGACGCGAGAUCGUCGUACGAAUCCUGAAGGAGAGAAUCCCUACGCUUACAUCAACCCGCCCAAUAUCAUAAGAGAUCCUACCACGGGGGCAGGAGGUGCUGGAGGCCUCCUUGUAGGCCCGAGGGAUCCGAUGUUCACGGGUGGAGGGCCGCAGAAUGGUCCGGGCAGUCUGCAGCCGCGAUGGGAUCCUAUGGGCCCUGCUGGAUUCGACGGAGAACCCGACUAUGACCACGAGGUGCCACCGCGGUUCAACCGACCUCCACCACCUGGUAAGGGGUUUGGAGGGCCUAGAGGCGGAGGCUUGGGUGGCUUUGGCUCCUUUGGUGGUGGAUUUAUGUGA